UUGAGAUCUCGAGAUUUAAAACUCGAGAUUGAGAUCUCGCGUUUAAAAUUCAAGAUUGAGAUCUCGAGAUUUAAACCUAGAGAUACGAUUUUCAAGCUUUUGCCUUAGCCGAUUUUGACCACCACCUGCACCUCAUUUUUCAAAACCAAACCAAACAACAAUUCAUCUGAUUUCAGGAAACCACAAAAAUAAAAAUGGACUUUUGCACUGACCCAUGUUUUCCACAGCUCAUUAUGGCAGGUACACAAAAGAGACAUAACAUUGACGACGCCAUCUACCCACAAGAUAGGUGGGUCAAGGUGCUGGACAACAACUUCCAGCUGGAUCUGACUGUUUUCAAGUGUCAGGAUCCAGUCAUCCCCGGGAUUCUGAAGCGCCACUAUCUCUGGACCGCCUUCCACAAAUCAAAGUCGGUGCCAGAAAUCUACCUCCAACAAGUAUGGGGACAUAUGCGCACCGAGUCAACAAAAGACCGCACUAAAAUCCUCACAAAGCUCAACAACAUGAGGAUUGUCCUGACUCCAGCAACUCUACGCUCUACACUGGCGCUCCCCGAACAUGACAGCUACGAUCCUCUUCCUUCUAUUCCGGAUCUUCUCAAAGAUGUCGCGGCUCUGGGUUAUGACUCUCUACUACCAAAACUGUCAAACUUCAAUGGAGCAUACCUUUAUCGUCCCUGGAAGAGCCUAUUCGGGCUAGUCAACAAGUGCCUCUCUCCAAAGCAUGUCGGACUGGACAAAUGCAACAAGCAAAUACUCUGCGUCUUCCACGGCAUCGCAUAUAACAAGAAGUAUGACAUGGCUCAGCUCUUCUUCUCAGAGCUAAUGGACCUGGUAAAAGCCAAAGAGAAAAACAGGUCAGGCACCAUUCCAUACGCCAGGUGGUUGGGGCUGAUCAUCCAUGACUGCAUGACAGCAAACACAUACAUUCCUAGACGUACUGAUGAUCCACACUUCAUAGCUCCAAAGCUCCAAUACUUCAAAGCUGAUAAGAAAGCAGCUCAGGGCCUGCGAAUUCCAGAUGCUCUGCUCAACCUGGCAAAUCAGUCAAAUCCAAUCAUCGUCGCAUACAAGGAGAACCUUGAAAGAACAGUCCCUAUGGUUCAGCAAAACCCAGCUGGACCUACCCAGGGGACUAAACUGAGUGUAAGUAAGGGUCCCAAGAGCGCCCCAAAGCCACAGAAGCCAGUGGCACGUCAGCCCGAUGAAGGAGAGUCCGAUGAAUCUCUCGAGAGGACUCGGACAACUGAGGGCAAACCGACGAACGCUGAGGAAUCUGCUGAUGACUCGCUCAGCUCGGCCCACAAAGAGGCUGACGACGAGGCUUCCGAUAGCGUGGCCAGAAGUGACAACGAUGAUGAUGAUGAUGACGAUGAUGUUGACGAUGUGGACCACACUUUUGCUCUCAUCCAAAAGGUUAAGCUGCCUAUUGAAUCUCCUCCGAAGAAAAUCACCGCUGAGGAUGCAGCCCCCGUUAUUGCUACACGCCCCAAAGAGCUCGUCAUCAAAACCACGGCGGCCAGUCACAAUAUAGCAAGUGCUACCGGCAUCGUCAGGGAGCAGCGCAUCAAAGCGAAAAAUGAUGCUCCACAGUCACUCAACUCCAAGAAGCGAAGCCUCGUCAAAAGACACCUUGUUGACGAGGACGAAAUGCAUAUCUUCGCCGAUUGUCAAUCCUUCAUUAAUAUAAGCCGAGCUGAAUCUUUAAGUACAAGAGCCGAUCUUUUCGGUUCCCGGGUAGAAGUCGCAGCAUCUGGCUCAACUGCGCAAGCACAGCCUUCUCCCAGCCACUCGAUAGCCUCCCAACAGGCUAUUUUUUCAAAACAGCGGGACUCACCCACCUCUCUGGUUCCCUCCGAACCAGUCGAGCGAAUUAGUGGCCAACAGCCCGAGGUCACCACCACUUCCUUGAGCACAUCGAGUCUAGGUGUCACACUCCCUACAUUUUCUAAUUUUUCUAGGACACCUACACUAUUCACCGCACAUACAGGUGCACGCACUCUGGAAGCAACGACCAGAGUACCAACGAUGACGGUCGGAAGCCCUGCUACACCCACAAUGACUCCAUCAUUGAAUGCAGGCCACACAUCAGCUCUCUUCACUGAUGCUGUGACAACAGUUACAACCCCUGUAACUGAACACCUCACUACCGAAGACGUCACCGUUCUUAUGCACCGUUUCUUGGAUUCCACCAUUAAGCCAUGGGUGCAACAAGCAUUCACCGCUUGGGCACAAGAAUCCAAGACCACCCCGGCAGUGCAUAGUGAACACAACCAGCCUGAACCACACCCAUCACCUUCUCACUCCAAAUCUCAAACCUCUCCAGUCAUCUCCGCCACCUCCACCAAAGUCCAUAGCCCUAUCUCUUCUCGGGGAACCCAUGAUACAGAACAAGUAUCAUCCCCACACCCGACCACACCUCCCAUCGAACUACUAUCCCAACCCUUCGAAGUCCUGGCAUCGAUCUUGCUGGAUCAUCUCCUAAACAUACCCCACACUGACCUCACUCCCUACCAGCAAGGCGUCCUUACUACCCUUCUCGCUAAUCCGGACACCAAGGGCACCUGCCGUGAAAGUCCCCGUGGUCGCAAACGUUCACAUGAGGAUCCCGAUGAUCCGGAACCUCAUGAGGGGGAGAACAAGAGGCCACGGAUACUCGAGCAAGGUGCCUCUACCACUCAUAGCCCCCAAACCGAACAACCUGAGACUUUCAUCAACCAACCACCACCCUCCCCUUGCCAAAACCAAGCCUAUCUCUCUAGCAUGGUCGAGCUAGACAAAACAUCCCGAGGCGUAUCUCCCAGAGAUACUGUUCGAGGAGGGGAUGGAAGUCCUGAUGAUGCUACCACUGGUACAUCCUUCACAUCAGGCCAUCAGUUGGAACCUAGUUCUAAGCUGAUGUCAACGGGCAAUCCAAGUGAACCCGGUAGUGCUACCAAGGAACAAUCACCGCCUCAAAAGCAGCAAAGAGUUCCAUACAUCCCCCCAGGCAAAGACAUCCAUGAUGCACUGGAGGAGGCGGUGAUAUACGACAAAUGGCCAAGAAAAUGGACAGAAUGGGAUGAUCUUCGGGUUGAAGCCGAGCAAGAGGACAUGCAAAGAAACUGGUGGCUACGAGAGCUGAUCAACAAAUGCUCUGAAGAUAUUAUACGGCUCGAGGACGAUGAACGCAAGGAAGGGGAGAAUUACAAGGAAUCCCAGAAGACUCUUGAAUCAGUCGUAAGACAAACAGCGGGAAGAUUUCCCAAGACAGAGAAACCCUGGGAUAAUGUUCGUAUCAAAGCCCCCUUCCGAGAAGAAAUCAGAAAGCAUAUCUGGCGUAGACCAGACAAAGUCAAGCCACUGAACGAACUAAAGCUAAGAGGCCUUACUCACUUAAAAGGAAAGCAGGCUGGAGGUCAUCUGCAUAUGUUGCUGCAAAGGUCAACCGGUACACAGAGAGAAUUAAUGGAACAAGAUCUGAAGUCGAAUAUUCUCCCGAUUCAUCAAAUUCUACAAGUGAAGGCUGAAGACUAUCAUGGAGUAACAUUCUACACUUACAGACUUCAACGCACCGAUGGGAGCGAAUUCACUUAUCAAGAGAACGACUUCAUCAUGCUGAAACCGGAUGACAUCUACCAAAUGCUCAUGGCCUACAGAUACCUUCCAGUCAGGCAGAGCAUAGUAUACAGCGAAGGCCUCGCAGCUGUCAAGAGAUUCAUGCUUAGACAGAUCCGAGUACAUUCUUCACAUGAUCUACAGAUGGCUAUUGAAUGCAAUCUGAAGAAGACAAAUCUGACAAAGCCAAAACUGUAUGGUCCAGAACUUGAAGAUUUCCCAGCCUACCACAUCUUCUUCACACCGCCAGCAGUCACCUAUCUGAACCACAAGAAUGAAAAGCGUCUGAUGGUAGUCAGUGAAAUCGAGAAGUACUGCGACGGAACACUGAAGAUAAUCAGAGAGCAGAUUCUACAGAUGAAGGCAAAGCUGGAAGAAAAUCUUCAAAAGGCAUCGUCUUAUGUUCAAAAGGAACACUCUACUGUAGAGACAAUUUUAAAGGUCAUUGACGAUCGCCUCGAAAAGAGAAAUGUGCUGAGGCAGUAUGAACAUGCACUUGGUUUGAGGAAGCACUACUUCAAAUCACAGAAGCAAUAAGAGAAUGGCACUUGAUCAUAAAGGGGGGAGAUUGUUGGAAAUAUUUAAUUGUGAAUCAAGUUGGUCAUAGAUUAGCUUUAUAUUUAAUCCUUGUAUUUAAAUAGUGCAUAAAUUAGAUAGAAAUCAGGCCAAGUGUUAGGCCCAUUUAAACAGGCCAAAAGCCUUGUACGCCUAACCUAAACCUCGCCUAUAAAAAGGGAGCCGAGGUUUAGGAAAAGGCUGAACGUCGUACUUAUUAUUCAUAGCCUUACGCUUAUCAUUCUGCUGUACGUUCCACGGUUUAUCAAAGAAGGUUUUACGGUGAUUCAUUCUGUGUUUAUCUUUACGUUUAAUCUUCCUUGUUAGAUCGAUUAUUCAUUGCUGUUACAGAAACAGGGACUAACAGGAAGACGGACCCCCAGGAACACUACAGCAAAUAUCAGAACAGCAUGAUGAUGGUGGGGGCAUCGGACGAAUAUUUGUGUCGCUGGUUCCUCUCCUCCUUAGAGGGGCCGGCGUACGAAUGGUUCAACCGGUUGCCCGAGGGCUGCAUUGAUUCGUGGCAAGAACUCGCCCAGCGAUUCUUAACACAAUUUGCCGGGAGGCGUCGCACGAGGAAGCACUUCUCCCACCUCCUAACCAUACGCCAGAAGAGGGAUGAGACCCUUUGGGACUUCCUGGAGCGCUGGAGGACGGAGGCCGACAAAGUCGACGGGGCUGAUGACGGGACUCUCCUUGCCCUCCUACAGACCGUCCUCCGAACCGGCAACUUUUCAAGGAGCCUCAUCAUUGAACCCCCCCCCCCCCCCGCGACUACAUAAGGGCUUUGCAGCGGGGGGACCGAUAUGCUGAGGCCGAGGAGGUGGAGAAAUAUCACCAGCAUCCAGAUCAGCAGCCCCCGAGGGCUGACAACAAAAAUUACCGAGGGCCGGGGGCUCCUCCAAAUCAUCCCAAGGCUUCAAGACCCUCUGAUGACCGCCCUCGGCAAGGCCAAGCCAAGCCCGGGGGAGGCUAUAAGAGUAGCCCUAAGACUUGGGCACAGCCCAUUCUCCUGGACCGCCCUCGAACACCAUUGACGCACCCCGUCAGCAUCAUCCUUGAUUUUGCCGAGGAGAGGGGCCUCGUUGAGCGCGAUUCCCGCGCACCCCCGGAGGUAAAUGCUAUCAACCCCCUGUUCCCAUACUGUCGCUUCCAUCAGCACCAGGGGCACAGAACCGAUGACUGCCAUCAGCUAAAGACGGCCAUCGAGAGGUUGAUACAAGCGGGGCACCUGUCCCAAUUUGUUCAGAGCCCUCGGCAGGAGGGACCUUCUCAUCAGGGACCUCCCCGAGGGCACCACACGAAGGUAAACGCUUGGGUAAACCCGAACACCAUCCCCCUCGGCAAGAAGAGGGAGAUCGGAAACUUGGAAGAAGAAGAGGAGGAGUACCCCCACUACCAGGAGAAAAAACGCCACAUCCUCAUGAUCACCGGUGGCAAUACAGGGGGCGAUUCCACCAGCCAGCGAAAGAAGUGGGCUCAAUCGCUUUACGUGGGGGAAGUCACUCAUAUGCCCCCGGUAAAGCGACUGAAGGAGGAACCCAUCACCUUCACCAACGCAGAUCUCCCUCCUACUUCUCCUCCUCACAGGGAUGCCUUGGUGAUUCGGACUGAAAUAGACGACACCAUCAUUCACCGAACUUACAUUGACACGGGCAGCUCCGUCAAUGUAAUGUACCUCAGCACCUUCAGAGAGCUGCAUCUGGAGAGGGGGUCUCUUCGGCCCAUUAAGACCCCUCUUGCCGGCUUCACCGGCGAUACUAUUGAUUCCGAGGGGGUAAUAACCCUCCCGGUGAUCUUCGGCGACGGGCUCCAUAGAGCCCAGCUCGAAGUGGAGUUUGUCGUCGUCAACAUCGACUGCGCCCACAACAUCAUUCUCGGCCGGCCAGCCCUCGAGGACCUCGAGGCCAUCAUCUCCAUGAGGCACCUCUGCCUCAAGUUUCCCGCCAAGGGGGGCAUUGGCUACUCCCGGGGGAAUCAGAAAAUCGCCCGCGCCUGCUAUCUUCAAGUCACUAAGAAGGUAAGUAAGACGGAAUUCCGUGUUGACACCAUCACCGGAACCAUCGACCAAGAAGAAAAAAGGCCGAGGGCUGAACCAGCCGAGGACGUAGAAGACUUUGCGCUCGAUCCGGCCCAGCCGGAGAGAGUCGUGAAGAUUGGAGCCCAGCUCCCUGAAGAUCUGAAGACCGGUAUCACCGACGCCCUCCGCGCCUACUCCACUGUCUUUGCGUGGGGGCCGGAGGACAUGCCGGGAAUAAGCCGAAGGGUCAUCACCCACCGCCUCUCGGUGGACCCCUCGGCAAAAGCAGUGCAGCAACGAAGAAGACCACUCUCCGCCGAGAGGAGGGAAUUUGUGAAGAAGGAGGUCGCCAUGCUCCUCUCAAUUAAGCACAUCAAGGAGGUGAAAUACCCCUCAUGGCUGGCCAACGUAGUCCUCGCACAGAAGCCCCCGACCUUCCGCAUGUGUGUGGACUACACCGAUCUCAACAAGGCGUGCCCUAUGGAUCCAUUCCCUCUACCGAAUAUUGAUCAACUGGUGGAUGAGACCGUAGGGUGUGAGAUCAUGUCCUUCCUCGAUGCCUUCCGAGGGUAUCACCAAAUUUUCAUGCACGAGGAGGACGCAGAAAAAACUGCCUUCAUGACUCCCGAGGGCAUCUUCUGCUACCUGGUAAUGGCCUUCGGCCUAAAGAACUCGGGGGCCACCUACACCCGGAUGGUGGCCCGGCCGGGUCUUUCAAGCCGUCCUAGGGCGCACCAUGGAGGCCUAUGUUGACGACAUGAUCGUCAAGAGCAAACAAUUUUCCAGCCAUGCCAAUGACCUCCGGGAAAUCUUCGCCAUCAUGCAAAAAUUCAACCUUCGGUUAAACCCGAAGAAGUGCACCUUCGGCGUCCAAGGGGGCAAAUUCUUGGGCUACAUGGUGAACCGAAGGGGUAUUAAGGCCAUUCCCGAGAAGAUCCAGGCCAUCAUCGACAUGGAACCCCCACGCAAUGUGAAGGAAGUUCAACGGUUGACGGGCCGCCUGGCAGCCCUCAACCGCUUUCUAUCUAAAUCAGCAGAGAAGACUUUACCAUUCUUCCAAAUCAUGAGGAAGACGGCUGGUUUUCAGUGGACUUCAGAAUGCCAGGAGGCUUUCGACGAGCUCAAACGAUAUCUAUCUUCACCUCCUGUGCUCUCCAAACCCAAGGUAGGGGAGACCCUCUACCUCUACCUUGGGGUCAGCCCGGCGGCCAUCAGCUCUGUGCUCAUCCGGGAGGAAGACGGCAUCACACAUGCCAUCUUCUACGUUAGCAAGACCCUAAGGGAGGCCGAGCUCAGGUACUCCCCUGUGGAAAAAACGGUGUUAGCCAUCGUUUGGACUGUCAAGAAGUUGGGCCACUACUUUCAAGCUCACCCGGUUCAGGUCCUCACUCAUCAACCCCUCGGCGCCCUCAUGAGGAGCCCCACCAGCUCCUCCUGCAUGGUGAAAUGGGCUAUCUUCUUGAGCCAUUACAACAUUGACAUCCGUCCGAGGCCCGCCAUCAAGGGCCAAGCCCUGGCGGACUUUGUGACAGAGUGUACCGCAAGGGCAGCCACGGACGGGGAGCCCUCGGCUACUUCGGACGACUGGUGGACCCUCUACACCGACGGCUCAUCCGCGAACAAAGCCUGCGGGGGAGGGGUAGUCCUCAUUACUACCGAGGGCUUCAGAGCCUACUAUGCAAUCCGCUUCUCCUUCAAAGUCUCCAACAACGAGGCCGAAUAUGAGGCCCUCCUAUGUGGCCUUCGGCUAGCUGCCAACAUGAGGGCUCGGCAGAUCCACAUCAAAUGCGACUCCAAGUUGGUCGUUGGCCAAAUCUCCGAGGAAUAUGAGGCCAAGGAGGGAAGAAUGAAACAGUACAAGGAAGCGGCCAAGGAGUUGCUUAAGGUAUUUGAGGCACACUCUCUCACUCAAAUACUGAGGGCUCAGAACUCCGAGGCUGACAUAUUGUCUAAGCUCUCGGCCGACUCCCCCGAGCACAUCUCCAAAAUUGCCAAAAUUGAGGAACUCAACCUCUCAAGUAUCCAUGCAAGCCCUGUUAUGAACAUACAACGACGCCAAGAGGAUUGGAUCUCAGAUAUCACCGCCUUCAUCUCCACAGGGCAGCUACCCGAGAAUGAGACCCGCGCUAAACUGGCAAAGCUGAGGGCUCCUAGCUACACCAUCGAAGAUGGAAGGCUCUACAAACGAUCUUACAACGGCACGCUACUUCGGUGCCUUCAGCCGAGGUCGCAAUGGAGGAAGUGCACAGUGGCACUUGCUCAGCUCACCAGGGACCCUUCUCCAUGUCCCGAAGGCUCAUUCUCCAGGGCUACUUCUGGCCAACCAUGGCCAGAGAUUGUGUUGACCUGGCCCGGAGGUGCACCGCAUGUUAACAUUUCCAGAGACCUUGUUGGCCCUCUGCCGAGGGGUACCUCCAACAACAGAUACAUCAUUGUGGCCAUCGACUACUUUACCAAGUGGGUGGAGGCUGAACCCCUCGCCAGCAUCACGGAGGCGAAGUGCCGUCACGUCGUCCUCAAGAACAUCCUCACAAGGUUUGGCGUCCCCCAGCAGAUCAUCUCCGACAAUGGGACACAAUUUGAGGCAGCCCCCUUCUGUGCCCUUCUGGAGGCAUGGGGCAUCAAACACACAUUCUCCUCCGUUGCCUACCCUCAAGGCAAUGGGCAAGUAGAGAAUGCCAACCGGACCUUGCUCGAGGACCUAAAAAAGAAGCUGGAGGCCGAGGGCGGUGGCUGGGUGAAAGAACUCCACAACAUCCUUUGGGCCUACCGCACCACCCCUCGGUGAGCAACAGGUGAGACACCUUUCUCCCUCUGCUACGGUUUUGAAGCCAAAGCUCCUACGGAAGUCACCCUUCCCACCCGGAGGGUGAUCCAAUAUGACCCCGAGGUCAACGACAGCAACAUGGCCCUCGACCUCCACCUCAUUUCAGAACGCCGGGAGCAAGCCUUCAUCCGGGCAGAAAACUACCAAAGGCAAGUCAAAGGCUACAUCGAGGAGGACUAUGUCCUCCGGAGGAGGGAAGCCAGCCAGCCAACCGAGGGAGGAAAAAUGGCACCAAAAUUCGAAGGCCCCUACAUCAUAGCAGCCAUCAUCAAACCCGGGACUUACAAGCUCAAACGCCCUAACGGGAAAGAGGUCCCUAGGCACUGGAAUGUACACCACUUAGUUAAAUUUUAUCAAUAAUGUAAGAGCGGCCAAGCCCUCAUGACUAGUGAAUGUACUAUCCUAUGGCCCAAGGCCUCCAAUUUUGAAGAAUGAAGACACAUUCAAGACAUCAAGAACAAAACACUUGUGAGACACCAAGCCCUCAUACUGACUACAGGCCCCAGGCCUCACCACGAGAAGAACCCCCUCCGGCACCAAGUGCCGAGGGCGGACACCAUCAACACCUACAACAACAGGAGAACACCAUGUGUUUUCGAACAAGACCCCUCGGUACCAAGUACCGAGGGUGGGAACUCCUAUCACCAACGACAAGGAACGCCGUGUGUUUCAUUUCCCUUCGGCACCCAGUGCCGAGGGUACAUCCCCACCUUCAACAUCAAAAAAGAAAAGAUAAGAACACCAAGUGUUCCUACAGAAGACCCUUCGGCACCCAGUGCCGAGGGUACACCUCCAUCAUCAACAUCAAAACGAAGGAAAACACCAAAUGUUUCAAAGAAGACCCUUCGGCACCCAGUGCCAGGGAUAUGCUCUCCUAUCGACUUCCAAACAUCUGCUGGGAAACACCAAGUGUUUCCUCCGAGGGCCCUCCGGCACCAAACGCCGAGAGCGAACACUCCAAUCAAAACACCAAGUGUUUCAUUUGAAGACCCUUCGGUACCAAGUACCGAGGGUAGGCACCUCCAUCAACUACAACAAAAGAGAACACCGAGUGUUCCUACAGAAGACCCCUCGGUACCAAGUACCGGGGGGCUACACAUCGAGACUAACACCGAGUGUUGUUUCUAAAAGCCGUACCCCACGAGGACGCAUAUACCGAAGGCGCCACCAUCGGUGCUGGCGGCACGUAGUGCCCCCGGCCAUUUGCAACUAGUGUGAAAAUGAAAACCCUUCCUUGAAACGCUUUGCGCGUCACUACCCCCAGGGUAUGACAGGCAUGAGAAAUGCCCAGGAUUCGACUUUCAAAAACGGAACGCUAUCCGUGUCAUCACCCCAAGGGUAUGACAGGCACGAGAAAUGCCCAGUAUUCGACUUCCAAACCGAAACGCUCCCCGCGCCACCACCCCAAGGGUGUGGCAGGCCACGGACUAUGUCUAGCGCCGAGGGGACGACUUUCAAAAAUGAGGUGCUUUCCGCGCCAUCCCCCAAGGGGAGGCAGGUUACAGACCACCAUAUCUUGUGCCCAGGAAACGACCCUCGAUCCCCUCGGAACUCGGAAGGUUAACCCGAGGGAGGAGAGCCAUUGGUGUAUUCUGAUGGUCUCCUGAUAGGCCCAGCCUUACCAAGAAACCAAGUUUCUUGAUGCCUUCCCUUCACCACCAGCCAAAAAAAAAGAGGGGGUGAAGGGAGUAGACUCAGCGAGAAAUCAAAGAGUACACUCCAACAGAUCACAACAUGCCGAGGGCUCCCCACGAGAACACCUCCGGUAGUGGAAGGCUCUUAUUUCCCGAAGGAUACUACUCAAACAAAUAUCAUCAAGAAACGGCUAAGUCCACUGCUUGGCCACCUCCAGUCACACAAACACCGAAGGCUUCAACAAUACGAAGGGACUGGACUAUCCAAAGUCUACUAAACGGUAAUCCAAACAAACACCGAAGGCACCUGUUAUGCACUAAAUACCGAGGGCCCCUGCCCCAUUACAAGGGACAUAACUGGCUAAGUCAAACUCUACAACUUUUCAAAGUGUAUGCCGAGGGCACACACUCAUCAUUGGCUUUCUUCACAACAACAGGAUUCCACGCUUUUCCUAAGUCCACACUUUUGGAAAAUGACGGCAACCGGAGGCUAAUAUAUCACCAGACAACCGAAGGCAUAUAUUACAAAUCAUCAAAAGUCAACCGAGGGGGACUAUUCCAAAAUAUUUGCCCCUCGGACAGACUCCACACUGACCGAAGGUUCAACAUCUACGACAAGGAAUCAAUCAAAGGCUACAGUACACAAGGAAUCAACGCUGAGGAAAGUUUUCUAAGUCCUGAAGAUUGGCCCCUCGGCCUAAUCAACAUUUCAGUUGGGGCUCCACAGUAGCCGAAGGCUACAUGACACACUACACUUACAACAAUUUUCUAAGUCCUGUACAUUGGGUUCUCAACCUAGUCACCACCCAGCAAUUGGACUACAAACAUCUGAAGGCCGUAUGGUGUGCUACACUUAGGAAAAUUUUCUAAGUCCUAAUUACUGCUGAGCCCUCGGUUGUAUAUCCAGCAAAGGGUGCCCAACUGCCGAAGGCUACAACCGUAUUCAAACACUUAGAAAAUAUUCUAAGUCCUAGACAUACAUUCAAAAAGGGCGAAGGCAUACACUCAAGAAAAACGGAGGCAUACAUUCAAGAAGAAAGGAAUUAGAGAAAACAAGCCAUAUAUACGAAGCCCGAAGGCAAACACUCAUCAAUCAUUCAUCCAUCAAAGAGAAGGGAUUCAAAUGUAUUUGUUACAGAGCAUGGCCAAAGGCCGAGGGCAUUCAAACAUUCAUUACAGAGGGAUUGUUCAAAACAUGUUAAAAUAAGAAAUUACAGAUCAACAUUCCCGGGGGCCGUCCCCUCCGCAGGCUUCGAAGUGACCUCUGGGCCGUCCUCAGGAUCUUCACCUUCGGCUUCCUUCAUAAGCUCUGUAUCCUCUAAGUCUGGCCUCUCGACAUCGGAGGGGAGAGGAACGCGGACGUCUGGCUGCAGGGGGAAGCCCAUAUGCCGCCGGGUCGAAGUCCCUCGGCUCAAUCUUCAAGUGGCGAGCCAUCCUCCGAUAGAUGAGGGCUUGGGUGAAAAACUCGCCCCCAUCAUAAUACUGUUUACCCUUUCGGGAAACCCAAUCCACUCCAGGCCCGUCGCACCACUCGUCGACCGAGGACUCAACGACCGAGGAUAGCUAUUUCUUGUGCUCCUCAGCUCGCCACCCCCCUGCCAAGAACCCCGAGAUGGCGUCCCCUCGGGCUCUCUCGACGGCUUCCACCUUCGCGGCCUCGGCCUCCCUGGCAGCUCUCUCCAAAGCCUCAGCUGCGGACCUCUCAGCCUCCGCCCUGCCCCGAUCUACGGCCUCCGCACGCAGGGUCAUCUGCCGAAGGCUCUCCUCCAGCAUAGCCAUCUGCCGGACGGCAUCGGAAUUCUGGUGGACGAGCUCCCGCAUCUUGGCAUCCUGCUCGGCCUAGCGAAGGUGCCACUCUUCUAGCCGCCGGGCUUGCUCCCCGAAGGCAAUGCAGGUCUACAAAAACAAAGGAGUUAGCAGGGCCGAACACGGUUGCCUAGCUCAAAGUAAAGAAGAAGAGUAUAAAUAUCGAAGACUUACCGUGAGGGAAGACCGAAGGAUCCUGUCCUCGAGGGCUUGAUCUUCAUCAGCCCCGAGGGCUACUCUGUCAAUCUCGAGGGUUAUGCCUCUCAGAAGCGCCCUCGGGUCAGCCGUGCCGUUCAUUACGGCCGUACCAGCCGGGAGGGAAACCAUAAGGACCUCGGAGGAUGGCCCCUGAACACCCGACGGCACUUUCGCCACCGGCAUCUCCUCGUGCGCCCCGGAGGCGGGGCAAUCAUCAACAAUAAUCACCGGGGGGGCUUUCUUCCCGGCAUCCCCGGUCUUGGGCUUCUUGCCCUCGGGAUCUCUGCCCGUGCCCUUCCUCUUGGCGGAGGCAGUCGCGUCAGCACUUGGGCCCGCCGAUGGCCCCUCCGGCUUCUUGAAAAAAUCAUCGGCGGGUUUCGGGACACCAGCGUCCGUCCCCCUCGGGCCCUUGGAAGGUUUUUUCUUCUUCAGAUCCGCAAGGCCUUUGACGUUCAUCAUCUUCACUGGGAUACCUGCAAAAAUAGUAUGGGGUUAAAAUCGAGGGGUUACUAACCGAAGGCACAAGGAAUAAAAAAACGAACAGAUAAACUAUGUUCUAAGAUAUGAAAACCAAGGGCCCUCGUAGACUACCUCCUGCUCCCCCGAAGGCCUCAGCAAAAACGAGAUACUUCUCGUCCGCUUCCCCGAUGAAGCGGUAUCUCCGAAAGCCGAGGGCGUAGAGUUCCGUAUCGGCAGUGUAGUCUUUGAUAGAAACCAGCUUCGUGCGACCCUCCGGGAUUUUGGCUAUCACCAGGCCAUCUUUCUCGAGAGCGGCGCUUCCAACCUUCGGAUGCCGAAGGAAGCGAUCCCGGAGUUCCAUCGGGAAUGGGCUCUCGGCAAUUCUGACAUAGCACCACCGCUCCUUCCAGCCUUUAUUGGAUGAGGGCGCUUCCGUGAAUAGCUUCCACCGGGCUAUCUGCUGCAGAUUGGCGAAGCCCUCGGCAUUCGCGUGACCCUCCCGGCAGAGGUUGAAGCUCUGAAAGAACAGGUCCAGGCUGGGGGUCACCCCUCGGUCCCUGCAGAGGUUCAAAAACCCCGCCACGUAGGAGUGGCUAUUAGGUGUCAGCUGGCAGGGGACCAAGCCAACAAACCUCAGGUACUCCCGGAGGAAGGGGUGCAGAGGGAACCGAAGGCCCAUGGAGACCGACAGUACGUGUACUGCAAUACACCCCUCGGGCGCCCGAGACAGCACAUCGUCAACUCCCGGCUCGACCACCACGGCCGAGGGCCCUACGUGUAGCUACGUGACGUAGAGAUCCGCCCUGUCCGCCUUCGACUUUAUCUCCAAGGCAGCAGUAUUGAGCCAGGAAUACCCCUCCGGCAUAUCUACGGGUUUCCCCUGAUCAGCAGCAACGAUCUUCUUCUUGGGGGCAGCUGCCUUGGCCUUCUUCUUCCUGGGGGCCACCCGGAGGGGAACAGCGUUCAGCGGCCGAGAGGUACUGGCCUCACCAGCACCCCGAGGGGGGAGGACGGCCACGGUCACCCUCGUCCUCUCUUUUGCUUCCUCCUCCUCUGCAACCUGCAUGGCGAGGGCCAGCUCUUCGUCUUCAACCUCCUGCUCGAAGCCCUCGACUUCAACUUCAGCCAGCAGCUCCUUUUGCACCUCUACUGCCAUCACAACGUCCUCCUGGGCCGAGGACUGUUCGUUUGAGGACUCCGUAUCCGAAAGGACUUCAUCCUCCAUCGAGGGCGCCCCCGAGAUGUCUUGAGAAUCACUCUGGGACGACAUUCUAACUCUAGCUCGAGGGUUCGGGGGAACUAAGGUUUUCUAGAGAAUUCUAUCUCCUAACCUAAGGGCACAAGGCACAGCUAAACUAGAAGGAGAAGGGCAGGGGGGAACUGACCUUGAGAACAGGGGAUUCAACCGAGGGCAAGUUUCUCUCUCUAGAAAAUUUUGGCCAGAGCUUCGCUACACUGAAUUCGCACAGCGGGGAAUGGCAUUGGCAUGGGGUAUUUAUAGACUCCAAAAUCCGGGCUUGGGCCCAAAAACUGGGCCUCCGGCCAAGCGUCAUCAUUACACACCGUCGUUUCAUCCAACCGGUGACGCCCGCCCACGAGCAACCAACGGCUACACUCCACGUGUACCCCCCCCCAACGGCUGUAAACCUGACGUUACAUAUUCCAACGGCUAUAUUUCCAACGGCUAUAUUCUGGAAGCCCCCGGGUUUUCUACUUCACUCCACUUCACCAAGGAGAGCCUCCGGGUACACUUACCCAGAGACGCCCCCGGGUUGUGCCCCACACAGCACAUAACAGACACCCUCGGGAUCACUCCUUUAGAAGCCCAAGGCUUCACAUCAGGCCACCCCUCGGGGAUUCCCCCUCAGCACUGUAAGAGCCGGUUAGCCCCCGGGGAGUAUACCUCAUCGACGGAUAGUCUACAGCACACAGGUAAAGAGAGCCCUCGGAUAUCCUCAUCACCGACUAAUCAACAAGCAAGGGACCCCCCGGUGACAAUGCAACUACUGCCCUCAUCCAUCGCGCCCUCGAUCCCCAGAUUGCGGGGCUCCCCUUCGGCACCCCCAUGACAUCAGCAGCAAGCCUUCGGCUAAUCAACACAUGAGUCCUCAGAAAAAGAAGAGCCUUCGGCAUUACCAUUAUUCUCCAUUUUUGACCAAGGUUUCACAUUUUCGAUUCAUCGUUGGGGGAAUUCGGUGCACUCUUUUUCCCUCAUUAGGAUUUUUUCCCACAGGGUUUUUCCUAAUGAGUUUUUAACGAGGCAUCCCCCCAAAAUGAAACGAAAAGUGUCAGCCUUCGGCCCACAAACAGCAACGCAACCACUCUACUCCUUUUCACCACUUUACAAGUGCCUCAAGGAGUGGGGGACUGGAGGACCCCCUCGGGAAAAUCAUUAAAUUACAAAAUUGGUGAAAAAUUCCAACAAAACGGCAAAGCAAGCCCUCAAGUCCCGACAUGUGGGUAACUGAGGGACUGCCUUCGGCAGGGACACGCAAACAACGAACCCCUCACCAAACUACAAACGGAGCAACAUCAAAUGGCAGACACAGUUUACUCCUUUUUCCUCAAGUACCUUUCGGCAAAAGGAGUGAGGGACUCCUGAUGGAGUAUAUGGCUCGGGAACCCCCGACCCAUAGACUCCUACUACUCCAGUAAAGGCCCAACAGGCCCAGAAGGCCCAACAGGCCCAAAUCACAGCGCCCAGAGUACCAAGCAGCCCGCAAUACGCGCCAGGGGUGUCUUCGGCCCCCUGGCCGAAGGCUGAAACUCUCACAGAACGGGUUUCUCGAGCAAACUACGAAACUGGGGGAAAAACGGCAGAAAACAGUAGCCCUCGGCACCUGGAGCCCUCGGCACUCAGGGGUCCUCGGCACUCAGAGCCCUCGGCUAGUCCUCUGCAGCCGAGGGCACCUCUCCCGACAUGAUAUCCGCCUCACAUGCGUACAGAUCACCGUACCCUGUACAAGACGUCCCAUCCAACAGCCGCAUUAAAUGCGGCCACAUGCGGCUGCCAACGCCAACCAGUUGAGGUGAGCUCUCGGCCAAUGGGCGCUUGACACGUGUCCCUGUCCGGCAUUUAUUGCUACUAUAAAUAGCACCCCAUUUCCCCAUUUGUAACCACGCUGAAAACGCUCCACAUUUAUAAUACACACUCUCUCUCUACAUUUACUGGCUCUGACUUCACUCUAAGUUAUUCUCAGCAAUAACCCCUCGGAUAUAUACCCCCGGGUAGACUAUCCAUCAAUACUUUGAUAAACAAGUCAAAAUUCGUUCAAUCGAAGUAGGGGACCUGGUGCUAAGGAAGCGAGAAAAGAGCAAACCUCUCGAAGGUGGAAAAAUGGCACAAAAUUGGGAAGGCCCCUACCAAAUAUGUAAGAAGUAUGCUUCAGGAACGUUUGGCCUACAAAAUACCGAAGGUCGACCGGCAGGCACUUGGAAUGUGGAAUAUCUAAGGAAAUUUUAUCAGUAAAAACGGCUGUUGCCACCACUAAAAAAAUGUAUAGAGAGGGAGACAUAACUUCCACUAAAACUCAGCCCAUUGUUAACACGAUCAUUCCGGAUGACCGAAUGAGGAACGGGUUAACAACAUGGAAGGAAAGUCAUUCUCAGCUAAGGAAGUUUUUGACCCUAGAUUUAUGAACGAAUAAAGGGAUCAAAACGGCUUGAAGAAUUGAUGCUCAUAAAAUAUCAGCCCAUGGUUAACACGGUCAUUCCGGAUGACCGAAUGACGAACGGGUUAACAGAAUGGAAGGAAAGUCAUUCUCAGCCAACGGCUUGGAGUUUGACACUCAGAUAGUCUCACCUCAGCGGUUAAUAUGGGAAUCGUUCUGGACAACCGAAUGAGGAACAUAUUAGCAGUUUGGAGGGAGCCAUUAUUUCAGCUAGAGUUUUGACCCUGUAAUUACGCAUUGUUAAAGGGAUCAAAAUGGCCUGGAGUUUGAGGACAGUGAUUCUCACCUCAGCUUGUUAACACGCGAAAUCAUUCCGGAUGACCGAAUGAGGAACGGGUUAACAGUUUGGAGGGAGCUGAGUCGUCAACUUAGCCAAAGUCGACCCUGUAAUUACGUACGGGCAAAGGGAUCAAAACGGCUUGGAGAUGGUGUCAAGACGGUAAGAUAUGGAUUGACCGAGCGACGUUCGGAUAAGGUACGGAUUGUCGCCCGGGGAAUCGGAACUAUGGUUUUGAAAAAUCUCGCCUCAGUCAUUAACUUGAUUCGGAAGCGAGUCGCCCUUUUAGCUAUAAAUAAGGAAUGACCCGAUCCGGUGACCUUGCUUACAGUUCGAAAAGGGUUACCUCAGACCUCUAAUAUGGAUGAUACGAGCCAGAGAGAAUAGUUCGGAAUGCAUCGGAAUUAUGGGUUUGGGAGGGAGAUAGUCUCACCUCAACUUGUUAACCCAUGAGAUCAUUCCGGAUGACCGAAUGACGAACGGGUUAACAGUUUGGAGGGAGCCCCUGUCACGCCCCGGACCUACCCGGACACGUCAACAACCCGCCGUACAGUACGAAUAGUCAACCGCAGUCCAACUCAUCCAUACUAUACAAGGCGUCUUGAAUACCAUUCACACAUAGUACAUCCAUAAACAAGCAUAAUGUAAAUCAUUCAUUUAAAACAGCGGAAGCAUUUUAUAAAGAUGUCUUAGCCACACUUUGGCGAACAUGGGCAUACAAGCCCCCAAAUAGUUAUUCAAAAAUAGUAUCCAUGAGCAUUGUUAUAAUUGUUUUGAAAACAGGAAACAGAAGAAGCACGAACCACGUCUUCUCCCUUGGAAAUCCCUGAAGCAACGGGCGCCGGUAGCAACCUUCAAGUCCUACCUGAAACUGUGAGGUGGCCUCCCCCGUGAAGGGGAGGUCAGUACUUGGAAAUAUUUGACAAGUACAAUAGCAACUAUACCAAGUAUAAUCAACGUUUUAAUUUCCAAGACCCCCGUCUUAGGGUACUAUUAUAUUAUAGGCCAUAACCCUCGGUUACCCCUUUUUACCUUUAACUGUACUUACUUUACAUAAAGUCAAGUAGACGGCCCGUAGGCCCAUAUUCAUUUAGAAUUCACCGUUCCCAUUCCCCCGUGACCGCGAGUCACGAUAACCCCGUGGGGUCCCAUCGAGCCCCAAUUGUAUAGCAUGGUCUCGGCCCAACUACAUCUCUAUACAAUCCUCUAACUCGAUGUAUCAUAUCAACAUUUGUAUGGCAAGGGCUCGGCCCAACUACGUUUCCAUACCAACCAUAACUUCGUGGCAAGGGCUCGGCCCAACUACGUUUCCACGGAGGGCACAUAUACAUGGCAAGGGCUCGGCCCAACUACGUUUCCAUGCUAUUCAUAUUACAUGGCAUGGGCUCGGCCCAACUACAUCUCCAUGUCAUCCUAGAGUCCAACUCUAUUUAUUUUCAUUAUCAAAUUCUCAAGCAAGUCCUAUGCCUAGAAUCAAUUUCCGGAAGUGGUCUUUAGGCCUACCCCUAAUCACUCCUUAGUGUUCAUGUCAUCCAUCUUUAAGUAUCUCUUGAGACUACUUAAGGCAUAUCUAUUCACAAUCCUACCUCUUAGGAUUUAUUUCAUCAUUUAUUUAUAUUAAUUCCCCGACUAGUAUUUUGAUACUAAUAGGAUAACCUUAGAACAUACCAAGUUCCUAUUUCCCAUAUUGCAUUUCAUUUCCAUUGAUUUCUCAACCCAAGUAUAGUUUAAUCUCAAUAUCCAAAAUAUCACUUUAAUCCAUUCAUGAAGUUCAUACAUGAAGUAAAGGAUAUUUUAUCACAAUGUCAUCUUAGUAAUUCCAUUAACAUGCCAUUCCAUUCAUUUCACAUAAUCAUACAUAAUUAUUCUAAAUUUGUAUGUCAUGCUUCACUUACUCAUAUUCAUAUUAUUUUCAUUUAGACAUUAUUAAUCUUUAAUAGUCCAUGAAAAUCCCAUCUAAUUACUUUAGGCAUUCCUAUGAAAUUAACUCACUAAUUAUAAGCAAUAUAGUCAGCCAUCCUCACCUUAUGAAGUGCUGAAAUAGUUGCCUUUGCCAAGCCCCUCGAUCAAUCCCCGUUCUAGGCCGAUUGGAAGUGAAAAGCUGGAUUUCUGGGCCAAAGCCGGGUGGCUUUCGUAGUCUGCAACUACGAACAGCUCCCUAUAUGUGGCGGUUUCCGGUGAUUUCGACUCCUUUCUUUUAACUUAGUUUCUCUUGGGUUUCCUUCCUCCUAGCUUUCUCCAACUGUGGCUGAGGUUUGUAGAAGUCAACUCCAGAGCUUCCUCUCUCUCUUGAGGUUAAGCUUGUGCGGGUGAAAUGGAAUGGGGGGAUAUCUUCUCCUCAAUCAAUUUGAGGGAUGAUUGACGGAGUAAGACAAGGGAGUUAAUGUGUGGGUGUAGACUUUGUCUCCAUGAGGUUUCCUCAUGCACGCCCCUCCCCCUCAAAUUGUCAAUCUGGUCACCUAAAAAACGUGGGGUGCCCCCCCCCUUAUGUGGGAGGUCAUCCCAUUAUGUCCCGGUGUGUACAAUCGACCCCGAAAGUUGUAUUUCUCGGUCCGUUUUAAUCAUAUUUUAUUUUAUCGGACCGGAUAAAAUAUAUCACGCGUUCCCAAUAAUUAUGGGCAUUUAGAAUAGAUGUAUAUUCCCCAACAUUAAUUUUAGGAGUCUCCGAAACUCAUUUCGGGCUGUUAUCCGUUAAAUUGCCAAUACCGGUAAUUGGGCCCCGUUUGACCAACCGGUCAACACCAUGCCUUUCUUAUGGCCCAAAUAAGAUAUCUACCACUAUAUACAUAUUAUCUAGACCAAGAUGAAUAUAAUAUGUGGUUCGGGAAUUAUCGGACGGUCCACAUUCCCGCUGUGGGCCCCACGUGCAAUUUACUAUUCACGUAAAAGAAAUAAUAAAAGUUUACAAUUACGCAAAUUCCUCAAUCAUCUUUCAAGGUUUAUUACAUAAUUUACUAAAAGUAAAUAUGCUCGGGGUCGGUGUUACAGCCCCUGUCCCAGCUGAGAGUUUGACCCUGUGGUCACGAUCAAAACGGCUUGGAGGAAUCCACCUCAGCUAAGAGUUUUGACCCCGUGGAUCACGAACGGAAAAGGGAUCAAAACGGGAUCGGGAAAGGAAUCAGAUAUAAAGAUACAUGAGCCGAAUGAUGUUCGGCAACAUAGAAAGGAUUGUGAACAAGAAAAAUCAAAGAAAAAACAGAAGACAUCAACAGUUAAAGAGAAAAACCCAGUUUAUUCUUCGGCAUUACUAGCCGGAAUAUACAAGAAGAACAAAGGACAAGAAAGCAAAAAUUACAAGGCUAUGCUACUGAAGGAUUGCCGUUCGGGGAAGGUGGAGGUUGAGAGCUCCCUGCCUGCACUGCAUCAUCAGGCGCUGCUUUUGACCUUUGCUCCAUAAUACGGUCGUAUGUAUUCCCGAACAGAUCGUCAAAACCUAAUUCAUCAGGGUCGAACGACUUGGGGAAAUGUUCUAGGAUCAAAUCGAGGUUCCUAUCCAAAAGCAGGUCCUGACUUUGCUUCACAGUUUUCUCGGUCGGGACAUCCAAGAAAUAUUUCCCUUCCGGCGUGCUGUCCAGGAGAUCGAUCCCUGCCUUGAUGGGAUCUUCGCUUUCACGUAAGAAUUGGCCAAGAUGAUAUCCCAGGAACUGCCGGGCCGUGUUCUCCAGAGCGACAUUCAGCCCUUUGCCUCGUUGAAUAUCAACUAUCGAUUGAUGUGCAAUCUGGGAAGUGUUGACCGUAUAAGGUUCGGGCAGAUGGUCACCAACGGCUUUAUCAAAUUUGAUCCCGACGGAUUCAGCAGCCCGCACCUUGGCCCGGAGUUCUUUAAUCUCCCGGUCGCGACGUCGGGAUUUUUCUUGCAUCUCAGCCAGAGCAGGUUUUGCCUUCUCACCUUCCUUGGCGUUCUCUUGAAGAUCAGCCGCUAAUUUCCGAGCGGCGGAAAGAAGGAUCUGGCUGUCAUCCCGAUCGCUGGCCAGGGCCUUCAUUUCCUUUUCGGCCGCAAGAAAGGCCUUGUGAUAGUAUACGCCGGCCUGAAAACAAGAUUGCAAAGGAAGUCAGAUAAGAUAAAUCGAUAAAGAAUAGGAAGGUAUGGAUCAGAAUGAGGUGUACCUUGAGUGCUUCCUGGUGACCUGCUUCAAAAAGAUCCGACCAGUGAGUCAAGUUCGUGAAGCUCGGGGGAAUCUUGAUCGCUGUAUGACACCACAUGGAAGAUGGCAUCAGCCCGAACAGGUAUCUCCCUUCUGAUCUAGGCCCCAUGUUCGAAAACUCGACAAACAUCCGAUCAUCGAUCGGUGCGUCAGGAAGAGCUGGAGUUGUUGUUUUGGAAGGCAUAGACUUCUUGGGUUCAGCCUCCGACCCGGUCAAAUCAACCACAUGGUCGACCGGGAUCAAUUGGUUACCGUCAUUCCCCUUGCGCUUUUUUCGGGUUUGCUCCGCAGAGGCAUGAUCGGUAAUCAUUUUCUCCUUGCCUUUUCCAGAAGAAGCCGUCAGAGUAGCGGCAGAUAUAGAACGCCGGACGGGUAUGGGGGAUAUCACACCUACAAAAAAGGAGAGUAAGAGAUAAGAAGCUAAAUUGGAAGAAGGAAGGACGAUCGGGUUAAAACCCUGUUACACUUACCAAUCCCGGCAGAUAACAUGUUGGAAGUAGUGAUAAAACUCCGAAGACUUCGGGUUCCUCCCAUCCGCAAAGAUUCAGCUUGGGAGCAUAGAACGGCAUCUACCCUGGGCUGAGAAUCCCGAACGGGAUAGGCGUUCCACCUAUCCGGAAUUGGCAGAGAAUCACCUACCCGAACAAACAGAAAACGCUCCUCCCAGUCAGCCGGCGGGGUGGGAUUUUCUGUGAAUAACUGACGAUCGAAACGAGCUACCAGCUUCAGGUACCCGGUUGUCCAAUAAGGCUGAUAGCAGUAGUGAUGGAGGAAUAAGUCGACACUUGGAGCGAUCCUCAACUCGUGGCAUCGGAUUAUGAACCCUGUAAGAAUGCGGUAGGUACUAGGCACGAACUGGGCAGGUAGUACAGAAACCCGGCGUAAGAACUCCACGAUGAACGAAUGGAGAGGGAAGCGAAGCCCAGCAAUCAAAGCGUCAAGGUGCACUAGCACGUGCCCCGGUCGAUGCCUCAUCGGGUGCCGAAUGAAUCCAGCAUAAUAUUCCCUUGGUGGGGGCAAUAAUUGGCUAAGCUGCCGUUCGACAUCUUCAGGGAGACGUUGCUUUUGUUUACGGAUGCGAGUAAAGUGUAGGGGAAUGCGGGGUGGCCGCUCGGGCAUUCCCUUAUUAUAGACCUGGACAUCAUCCCCUGAUAGGCAUCCAUCAUCACGUGGUUGUUCGGUGUUUUUUCCUGCAAGAGGAUUGCCGGAGUUAGGUGUUUGGGAAGAAGAGCCUUCGGCCUUGUUACCAGCAAAUGUUUUUCCUAUGCGAAUCAACGACAUCUCUUCAGAUUCUGAGCUAGAAGGGUAAUACAUAAAAUCACUUGAGGAAUUCUGGGAAUUCUAGAGAGAGAAAGCUUGAAAAUACGCAAGAGAAUUCUGAACUUAGAAGGAAAAUGAGGAAACAGCAGGAGAAAUUAGGGGAAAGCACCUCUCUAUAAAUAGGGAAAGUGCCGCACAAAACCCUAAUCCAUGAGCAACAUGUGGCAUUAAGUGGUUAUGAUUAAUCAGGGGUACGGGCAGAUUAUCAGAGAUGCCUGAAGCCAGAAAAAACUGCUAAGUCCUAAAGAUUGAUCUGAAGCCCAAACGGCUACCAACAUAUGAAGGAAGCCAAGUACAGACAGAUUAUUUGAGAUGCCUGAAGCCAGAAAAAACUGCUAAGUCCUAAAGAUUGAUCUGAAGCCCGAACGGUUACCAACAUAUGAAGGGAGCCAAGUGCGGGCAGAUUAUCAGAGACAUCUGAAGCCCGAACGGCUACCAACAUAUGAAGGGAGUCAAGUGCGGGCAGAUUAUCAGAGACCUGAAGCCAGAAAAAAAAAACUACCAAGUACUAAAAAAUGAACAGAAGCCAGAGCGGCAAACAUAUGAUGUUAGGAGUAUUGAGUAAAAAACAGUCAGAAAACCGUUAAGUACUACAAAACGGACCGAAGCCCGAAUGGCGAGUAAAUCAUUCAAUGAAAGCAAGAAAGACAGUAUAUAGAGAGCUUUAUGCAAAAAAAGAGAUAUAUAUUCAUCGGCUCUACUGGCCGGGAAAUACAGAUAAGGUUCGCAAGGAAAGAGGGAAAAGGGGAAAGGGAUUACAGUUGCUAAAACUACUAGAUUCUACUCUACUGCCAUGCCCCAUUGUCUUCUUCGUCACCCUCCUCCUCAUCCGAAUCAGUGAGGGGAUCAGUGUAACACCCCGGUCUCGCAGGCCCCGAGGUAGUUACUCUAGACCUCUAGUACUGUCCCCACAAACCACCACGAGCCUUUACCGCGCACUUUGUCCUCACUCAUGCGCGCCCUGAGAAACUUCCCAGGGGGUCACCCAUCCUAAGACUACUCCCGUGCAAGCACGCUUAACUUUGGAGUUCUUGGGUGAUGAGCUCCCUUAAAAGGAGAUGCACCUCUGUUGGUAUGAGUAGUACUAUUAAUCCUCUUAAAUUAAUCUCGGGUAUUACAAUCACCCCCACUUAGGAUCACAACGUCCUCGUUGCGCCCUUAAACCAAUCUCAAUCAAACCCCAGAAUCUUGCCCCGCUAAGUGCCCGCCCGAUAUCCAAUGGGUCAACGCACUAUCACAGGGUUUCUCUGAUACCACCUGUAACACCCCGGUCUCGCAGGCCCCGAGGUAGUUACUCUAGACCUCUAGUACUGUCCCCACAAACCACCACGAGCCUUUACCGCGCACUUUGUCCUCACUCAUGCGCGCCCUGAGAAACUUCCCAGGGGGUCACCCAUCCCAAGACUACUCCCGUGCAAGCACGCUUAACUUUGGAGUUCUUGGGUGAUGAGCUCCCUUAAAAGGAGAUGCACCUCUGUUGGUAUGAGUAGUACUAUUAAUCCUCUUAAAUUAAUCUCGGGUAUUACAAUCAGGCUCCUUCCCCGCUUCACGAUCAGCAACCCGUUGUAAGUCCCUUUGAUACUUCUCAUAUUGAGCUUCAACUAUGGGCGCUUGGGGAAGAUCAGCCAGCUCGACCGGCCUCCCUAGUAAUUCUUGAAAUUUAGCGACAAAGGGAGCCAUGAUAUGCUGACAGCCCAUGACGUACAGGGAUCGGGCCAGAGAAUCAUUGAACUUUUCCCCCCUGGGGUCCUGGUCGAGCAAUUUGACCCCCUCGCUUCGACGGGCGUCACCCGUGGAGAAAUGGUCAAGGUAAUCACCAAAGGUGACUCGGAGUUGCUGCUGUGCGUAAUCUUUUUUCAAGAUGGCAAACUCCUCAGACCCUUUGAAUGACUCCCGAACGGCAGACAGGUCAACCUGUAUUUCAGCAGGGCCGUCUGGGAUACGAGGGGCGUGCUCUUCAAAUUUUACCAAGGCAGCUUCGGCAGCAUGAACCUUGGAUUGAGAAACCCCGAACUGAACCCGGAGCUCGCCAAGCUCCGAUUCAAGACGCUUUUUGUCCUCUGCAUAGGCCUUCCGCUCGGCCUCCAGAGCAGCAAAAGCAGCAGCUGCAUUCUGCUCCGCGGAAGUCUGAGCAAAGAUCAGCUCCCUCUCCUUAGCCAACCGAGCUUCCUUCAGCUGCAGACUGUAAAGCCCAACCUGCAGAAUGACGUUCGGGAAAUGAGAUGGUGAAAGAAAAUUGUAAACUAAGAGAGAUUGAAACUAUGGAAUGACAAGAUACCUUCAGAGCUGCCAAGGCGAGGCCUUCCUCAGACUGCUCGACCGACAGCUUGGGGACGGUGAAAUUGUUGAAGAAGGCAGAGGUAGACCAGAUCUGGCUUGCUGAACAGCCACCUCUUUCUACAACAUCAUGAACCGGAUCCGCCAGGGAAAUCCGGUCAACCUGGACAGAUAACUGGACGGUGGGUAUCUCACCCGCACCCUGGCCGGGUUCUUGAGCAGCUUGGAAGUGCUCGGGAAAUUGCUGCAGUUGAUCAGAGCCAAACCGAUCAUCGACCAGCAUGGCAUCGAAUUGGUCCUGAUGGACCUGCUGUAUCGGCUGUGGCUCUGGAACCGGUUGAGAAGACCCAGCAUCCUAGGCAGUAACAGUAGAGGGAGUAGGUUGGGGGUUCUUCCUGGCCUUUUUUCGUUUACCAACCCCACCAGCUCCCAUAACUAUGCUAUUAUCCAUGGGUAGAUCUGGAUUUGGUACUGAAAAAUGACAAAGGAAAAUGUUAGUAUCGAGCGGCCUUAGCAUGUGAGAAACUAGAAAAAAGAAAAAAGAACGUUUCUCGCACGGGAAGGACCGCCCGGACCAUGGCACUUGAUUUCUCAAAACAAGUAAACCCAAGAGAACGGGCAGUACCUAUCCCGGCUUCAACGAGCCGAUCGGGAGUCAGAUAACUCAUGACGUCCAUGCAUUUAUCUUUCUCCACAGCAAGCACGUCCUUGUAAAUUUCUUCACUAAGGACUGGAUCAGGAGUCUCUCGGGGGAAGGCAUUCCAUUUGCGGGGAAUUAGGCCGUCCGGGACAGACACGAAGAAAAACCGGUCUUUCCACCCUUUGAUUGAAGUUGGGGAACCCUUGAACAGAAUAUGUCCCAUUCGGGCACUAGUGGCCAGAUAGCCGUGGGUUUGUUGAGGGGCUACCUUGAAAAAUUGAUGGAAGAGUUCUAAGGUUGGUCAGGCACCGACAUCCUUACAACGGCAAAUAAAACCCGCCAUGGCCCGAUAGGAGUUCGGCAUGAUUUGGGCCGGUACAACUUCAUAGAAAUUGAAAAAUGAAAUGAAAAAAGAAUGUAGCGGAAACCUAAGGCCGACCCUAAUUGAGUCAAAAUGAACUACAGUCAUUCCGGGCCUAUGACGCAUUGGGUGAAGCCCAGCUUGCAGACGGAAAUUCACUGGGUCAGGGAUAAGGGCCGGAAUUUCGGCCCUAUUGUGGGAGGUCAGUUUUUGCCACCUCUCCCUAAUCAGUUUUAGGUCAAGGGUAUGGCGAGGGAAAUCGUUGGGACGUCCGGCCGCCAUGGAAGCUAAUUCGUCCUCGGAUUUGGUAUCGUCGGAAUCUUCACUGGAGGAAGAAGAACUGCUAGAGGAGUCGCCUGUCUCCGCCCUAACCUACGCCGUCGUUGCCUUGGAACCUUCAUCAAAAGGGACGGUGAUAAUCUCCACAUCACGGUCCUCCCCUUGAGAAGCCAUUUCCGAAUCAGAACACUGUUGGGAAUUCAUCUCGACCGAAUCAGGGAUGAGGCGAGGAAGCAAGGGAGGAAGAGUACCUGAACGACGAAGGCUGCGAGAAAUUUCAGAAAUCAACAAGGCGCAGAGAAUUGCAGAAUCGAAACCCGGAUUUGAGAAGUUAAAGGCUAAUAUAUAGCCUUGAAACCGCCGUAUCAAGAAUCAAUCAGGGAGCAACACGUCACUAGGAGCAUUUAAGCUAAACGCGUGUCUAAUGAAAAGACUAAACGACGGUUACUAUGAUGAAUAUGGGGGAAUGAAACGACAGCCGUCAAAUCACGGCAUGGGGAACUAACUACUUCUGUACCCCGAUCGCCAUUCGGCGAAUUGCAACAUUGGUAUUCAUACUUCCUAAUGCACUCACUGUCGUUCGAGACAUCGGAAGUGGGGGACUUGUGUUGGGAUAUUGAUCCAGAGGCCCAAUACCCGGAUCAAGAAGGCCCAAGAUACUCGGACCAAGCAAUGGGCCCAUCACUCUAUGAUGAGUAGAUCCCGUGAAGAAUUCAUGCCGAACGAGAUUCGGCCCAAAUAAGGGUUGGCCCAGUAAGAAGACAUACCGAACGGAGUUCGGGCUAUAUAUUAUACUUGGGCCAAUUUGACAGCGUCUUCAGCAAAGCCCAACAUCCCGUUCGAGCAACGGCCAACCGGAAAGUGGCCAGGUGCAAUUAAUGCCCGAUUGUGACAUCAGCAAGUGGAAACAUGGGUGACCAAGUCGGUGGAAUAAUAGCCAAUCAGCGUAGGGCAGCCCAUGCUCUCCAUUAGUAUAAAUAGAAGGUUUAAAAUCAUUGUAAGGGUUAGCAUUUCAAUACUCAGGCUCUAGAAUAGCAUUAUUGCCCUUAUUUCUUAUAUUAAAGCAUUGUUUCCGAUCUACCGAUCGAGAAUUUCCUUGUAAUCAGACUGGUUAAUUAAUACAAGUGAGCUUUCGAGUAUUAGUGAGUUCAUAUUUUAUAUUUUGGUUAUACACUUUGAUUCUGUACCAUUCCUGAUAUAUCCAAAGUUCGUGUUGGGCUUUCGGAUCUACGGGAUUUACCUUCAACAGGUUAGUAGUAAAAGUAGUGUGUUUAAAGUAAAAUAAAGUAUAAAAAGAGUCAAAAUGGUUCUAAAUGUUGUCAUGGUUAUCUUUCUUUCACUUUUGCUCCUCUUGGUGAGUGAAUACGCUUUUUGUAAUUGUUGACACAUAUAUGAUUUAGAUUAUUGCAUUAACAUGUUUUAUAGAUUUAUUAGUGCUUGUUACAUUAUUCGAAAGUUGUGCAUGCCAUCAUGUAUUAUUCUGAGAAAAGAAGCUCAUGUAUAUGCUUUAUAAGAUUAUUUGAUUGGCACGUGUAUUUAGACUAAUUUAUAGAUUAAUUUCUUAAAUCUAUUGUAUUACUAAAUAAUGUUUUAAUGAUUACAUGCCAGGGAGGUGAAUCUGGUCUAACUAUGCGCUUCUAGAUCUCUGUUUUUGCGGCAAAACAUCAGGUGAAGUUCUUUCAGAUUAUAGGGAAUUCUAUGUUAUCUCAUAUUUAUUGGUUGUGUGUGUAACGUCAAGUGUUGACUUUUGUUUAGCUAUACAAGGUGAUUAUGAACUUGGGAACGAUUAUGGUUUCUACAACUCUGCAGUAUUUGUUUAUAAACAAGUUAAAUCUGAUUAAAUACAAUUUGGUUUUCAUCUAUUUUACUGUUUGUAUAAAAAAUUGAAAUUCUUUUUCUGAGUUUUUGUAUGUAUGAACUUCAGCUGAUAUCUUCAUCUUUUGUUGAACGUAACUCGAGGAACAAUAUUUUAGGGUUGCAUUUGGACCAUAGCCAAAUAGAAGAAACACAGGAAGAAUUAUAACUCAAAGAUAGAGAGAAAUUGCAUGUGGUGGUGUAUUACUCUUGUUGUGUUCUUGAGAAGUUGGAGCAGUGCCAUCCAGUUACCAUAUUUGUGAUUUAGUAUUCAAUUUCUCAAUUAUACAAUUGUGUAUUUUAGUUUUCUAGAUGAUUAUUACGGUGUCAACUUACAAUAAUUGUUCUAUGUAAAAGAUAUUUGUUGAUCGUUCAAACUUAUUGGAAGGUUAGAAGUUCGGUAUAUAUAGUUCCUUAAAACGUGUUUCUUUGGGUUGUGGUUGUUAUUAUAAG